AUGUUGAAGCUUGUUUUGGUAGUGGCAUUUAUUGGUGGCUGUACGGCUUCUGUGGCGACGCUUAGGAGCCCGGUGGGCGAGCCUGUGCUGCUGGAUUUGGGAACACAUGUCCGGAAUUGGGGUCGAAUGGUUGAUGGCAAAAAGCAAUAUUUGGCUGCUUGCCCGGAGAAUGACAACAGCGAGAAAUGUAAAUACUGGUCUAACGAGGAAAAGAAGGUUGAUACCACGACAUCCGAGUCGAGGGUGUUUAUGAAUGGGACGCUAGUCAUUUAUCAUUUUACGGAAAGCGAUGCCGGAGCUUAUUUUAGUCCUGAUGAGAGGGAAAGAGUGGUUGAGGCCGGCGAUGGAUCAUUCGGAGCUCUUCCCCGCACCCUCAUCAAUGUUCUCCACCUUGUCGUUGCU